CCCCGCAGGAAGAACUAUUGCGGAGAGGGCAUCCGGGCUGGUCCCGACGUGCACCUCGAGGGCACCUUCCCAAGUUGUAGGAACCACGGUAGACGUUUGUCCUGCACGGUGACACUGCCCGGGAGGUUAAGUUCACACUCUCCCCAGUGUGCCGUAGUCUGGCCGUGCUCUUGGAUCCCGAGGAUGCCCAGUACUAGGGGGUGUGGGUGAGUGGUGUUCAGGAGCUACACAGCCCUAAACACCUGGUGAAAGAGGCCGACAUAGCACAGCACGAGAUACUGCUGAAGUACCUGCUUUCCACCACUUUCCUCAUUUAACUUCCCCUUGGGGUCAGCUGAUCAUCAGCAUGCCUUCUACCAAGAACACCUCAAAACUUUUCCUGGUCCUCUUCUCACUGCUGCUGGUGCUGCCAGUGGUUGAAGCCCUGGAUGCCGGAGAUACCAUUGCCUUUCUUCUAGGCCUCGCUGUCAGCGUUGUCGGAUUCUGCGCCUGCCUCGGCUUGUAUGCAAGGAAAAGAAAUGGGCAGCAGUGAUUUCAAGAAAAUGCUCAGAUGAAGUGAAUUUCCUAACAUGGCUUGGGGUUGGGUGUAAGACUGAGCUUUGGUUCUAGAUAACUUUCAAAAAACAAAUAGUAGAUGUUUCUGCAAACCUGUCUUACUGUUCAGUACAACAGAAUCAAGACUGUACACAGUAAAAGGGAUUUUUAGGAUCUGCCCUUGUGACAGAAAGAUAAUUUUAUAUUGCUUGUGAUUAAAUAUUGCCUCAGAGAAGGGUAAGAACUUUUUGAAUGGGGAAGAAAAACUAUAGAGUGGCUCACAGUAAAAGUUUAUAAAUGUAGCAUGUGAGGCAGGCCGUCAAUAAGUUCCACAAUUUUGGUUUCAAGGUUUAUUCAGGAGAAAGCAGCUAUUAAUCUUCCGGUCAGGAUGACAGAGUUUUGAAAGUUCUCCUAACUAGAUAGCUGGCAAGCAGACUGCUCUAACUUGUGUGCUUGUGCUCACCUUCUCUGUAAUGACAGUUAACACCUAACAGCUCACUUCUGCUGUCACAGGAAUGAGACUAACGAGAACUAAGAAAACAUGAAAGGCUUUUUCUUUUCUUUGAGAAUAUUUUUAGAGCAUUUUUAUUUUAGAAUAUGCCACUCCUGUAGCCUGUGUUCUUGUUACCAAGUAAAUACACUUAAGAGUGGGACCAAUAUUUUUAUUUAACAUGUAUUUCACAGAAAAGUACGUGUAAGGCUAUGUAAAUCAGAUUAGGGAUAUGGGCUUUGUCUCUUGUUUAUUUUUGUACACAGUUUUCCUUUAGGCACACCAUGUUUAAGCUUUAUUUCAUUUGCUGUUUGUACUUUUUUCUCCAAAACUGAAGACUUACCUAUUUUGAUGAGGAAUUAUGUGUAGUAUUUUUCUGCAUUAGGAAGUUAUUAGAGUUAUAAUAAGACCAUUGUACACACGUUUCUUAGAAAACAUGUUCACAUGUUAUAGAAAAAACUUAUUUUGUUAAAAUCCUGGGUUUAGUCAACAGGUCCAUUGCUCAAGUGUCUUCCUCAUGACAAACGUUACUAGCUAAACAUUUAGGCUUCUCUAACUGGUGCAUGUGAGUUCCACAGAAGAUUAGGACCAAAACCAAAGUAAAAAGUCCUGAUGCAAAAUGGGAGAUGUAUUCUAUUCACGCUCAGUCAGAUCGAAUGGUAUAUGGUUGAAAGACUUAAUAGCGUAUCUAGAACCUUCUCUAAGUACCAAAGGUGAAAAGGCUCAGCCAAGAAUGUUUACCACAACUCCCUCCAGCUUGUUAGGGCAUUCUAGCUGUCUGCUUGAAGCAAGGAGCUCAAUCUCUUAACAGCAGCAGAAUAAGGAGCAUAGGAAUGUGAGCUUUCCACAGUUCACAGAAUUUCCUUCUGAUCUUGUGCUGUGGACACUGCCACUCUUGCUAGAAAUCUUGGCUUUUAUCUUUCAGAGCUGGGGAAAAAGGUUACAUGUGAUGCAAAGCUAUUCCUCCACUUCAAGUCUCUCUUCAGUAGAGCACCAAGCUAGAAGAGUUGUUGGGCAGGUCUUAUUUGGGUGGCAUAUUAUGUUCUACAAAUUCAAAGAUUUCUGCAUGCCAUUUUUGGCUAGUUUGACUUCUUUCUUCAGCCUCUGAGGAGACAGAAGCCCUUGUUAUUUCAGUCUUGCAAUUUGUGUCCCUCUCUCAUGGUUGAUAGAGGGAGGAGGUUAAAAUGAAAGCUUCUAAAAAUUGCAUGGGAUUGAAACUGUAGGAGUCAAUUCAGUAAUCCACAAGAAUGUAGGUUUCUGAUUUCACGUUACAAGAAUAAAGGUCACAGAGUUACUCUGAUGAGUUGCAAGUUUUGCCAGGUUCUUGAACAAUUUUUGUAGCUUUCAAAAGUCUGGGACAUGGUGCACAAUGACUGUGUACAAAUGAAAUUUACAGGCCUUAGAGGAGCUUCAGACAGUAGCAUCACCUUUGAAAGCUGCCUAGCAGCAGUAGAUAAUCCUGUAUGUGAUUAUUCAGCUGGGUGGGUGCAAGCACACAUCAAAGUGUGAUCUUCGAUGUUCCAGCUUGGGUAAACCAUUACUCUUAAAAAAAAAACCCAACCCCCAAAAUCACCACUCAAUUCACUUUAAUUUUGAAAAAUUACAUAAUUUUGCCAAUUUUUCAGUAGAAUAUAUAUGUUGCUCUUUCAAUAGAAUAAAUUUUAUCACAAGCAGCUUUUCACAGACUCCUUUACCUACACUUUGGAAAAGAUCCCUGGAAACUGGGCAACAGUUUCACUUCAGGAAAACAAAAUUUUAGCAGAGUAAUUAUCUUCAAGCAAUAGGGAUAUGAGGAACACUGUUCUUUGCCCGAAGCUGAAUGUACUUUAUUGAAAGGUGUUUACACAGCAUAAUAGCUUUGUUUCCUGGGUUCUGAAAGAAGCUUUAUUGUUAAAGACUUCCAUUUGUUGAUGUCUUGAGUGUAAAAUCAGAUACCCCUGUUUUUCUUUUGUCUUAAUAAACU